AUGGAACCCCUCAAGGGAUAUGACGGCCAGGGCCAGAAUGGCGCUGCGGAUUCGUACUACAGCGCGCAGCCACAGCAGCAGCAGCAGCAGCAGUACAAUCAAGCACCACCUCAGCAGCAGUAUGGGAUGCCCAACCCGCCUUCUUAUGGUCAGAACUUCGGCAGCGAGAAGCCGGAAUUCUCGCAGGCUUUCAAGAUCGAGCGACCAAAAUGGAACGACCUCUGGGCUGGUAUUCUCUUCAUCCUCGUCUUCCUCGGCUUCGUCGCGGUCUCUGGCAUCAGCAUCGCAGGAUACGCGGGCAACAAGAACUUCAAUGGCGACGGCUUCUACGGGUCUGACAACACCUUCAGUCUCAACACCAAUACGAUCGUGCUCUUUGCCUUUAUCAUCGUGGCGGCGCUCGUCCUUGGCUAUGGCUACAUCUCGCUUGCGCGCAUCUUCACGAAGCAGUUCAUCUGGAUCUCGGGCAUUCUCAAUAUUGUCCUGAGUCUGGCGACUGCGAUCUACUACUUCUACCGCAAAGCAUGGGUCGGUGGUGCGCUCUGGCUGGUCGUCGCAGUGUUUUCCAUCUUCUGCUUCAUUUCCUGGAUCAAGCGCAUUCCAUUUAGCGUGCUGAUGUUCCAGACGGCCAUUGACGUCUCGCGCAAGACCGGACAUGUGUACUUAGUGUCGUUCCUCGGCGGUCUGAUUGCGGCGGCCUUCUCUGCCUGGUUCGCCGUGACAAUGGUCGCGGUGUAUAUCAGAUUCGAACCUGGCGCCAAUCCGAGUUGCAAUGCUGCUGCUGGUGGGUCCGGUGGAUGUAGCUCUGCCAUUGUCAUCGGUCUCCUGGUCUACAUUACGUUCGCUGGAUAUUGGAUCACGGAGUGGCUCAAGAACACAAUCCACACCACCAUCUCCGGUGUCUAUGGUAGCUGGUACUUCUCGCCAAACAAUGUCCCAAGUGCGCCAACUCGAGGAGCUGCGAGGAGAGCACUCACCUACAGCUUUGGCUCCAUUAGCCUGGGCAGCUUGCUGGUUGCCAUCCUGGAUCUACUUCGCUUUGCCUGCUCCAUCGCGCGAGACAACAGCGCUGGUACUGGCAACUUCAUGGCUGACUGUGCAUUUUGUGUGCUGCAGUGCAUUCUCGGACUUGUCCAAUGGGCCCUCGAAUUCAUCAACCGAUACGCAUUCAGCUACAUGGCACUUUACGGCAAGGCAUACUUCGCAUCCGCCAAAGAUACGUGGAGAAUGAUCAAGGACCGUGGUAUCGAUGCGCUGAUCAACGAAUGUCUUGUGGGGCCAGUCCUUUCGAUGGGAUGCCUCUUCGUUGCCGUCACCUGCGCUCUGGUCAGCUACAUCUACCUUGAAGUGACUGAUCCACCAUACAACGAAGGGGGCAAAUUCACCGCAGUCGUUGUCUUGUACGCCUUCUUGAUCGGCCUCCAGGUCACUGGCUGUUUUGUGGUGCCUCUCAACAGCGGAAUCGAUACGAUCUUCGUGGCGGCAGCGUGGGAUUCAGAGGUCCUGAUGAGAGAGCAUGGAGACCUUUACCGCCGCAUGAUAGAGGUGUAUCCCCACGUGCAACAGGCCAUACAUGCAUAA